GUGUGUGUGGCGGUUGUCCUCUUAUGUGUGUGUUUGGUAUGCAUCGUUGCACCUCGUUUAGGAAGAAAUACGUCCUGCUUUGAACGUCGAUCGCUGUAUCCUUCUGACGUCAUAGCCCCAAGACUUUCGGCGAACUCUGUGUGAACAGAAUAUGUUGUUUAAUGACAUAUCUGCGGUUUGAAUUUAACCGUCUUGGAACAGCGACACUUCUCUAUAUAGCAGCUUGCUUCACCCCGCAUUACCUUUUUGCAUUGAACUUGGAGUGUGCGUAUACAAAUAUACAUUAUAGCGGGGAACAUUCAAGGGCCGGGCUAGACUGGUGCCCGCUUUCCCAUUACCGAACAUUGCUCGUCGGAUAAUGAAAGACCUCGAUCACGUCUGCUCACAUUCCGAGCGCAAUCCAUCAUUCAUGGUGCUUUUCGUCUGUUAGUUGUGUUAGCUACGUACUUAAUGCUAAAGCGCCCGAUCGACCGCUCAGUUCAUCAUGUCUACACAAACCGAGUCAGAGCACACUGAUCUAGUAUGCUCACGAUAGUGCCUCGUGGCAUGAUGCAAGUCACGCUUCUCGUUGAAAGUUCGUUAACGUCAAUGGCAGAAAUGAUUUUGGAUAAACUGGCAAGACUGGCUGAGCUUUGCCUCUUAAUUUCCGCGCUCAGUUUUGCUGAGUCGAGAACCUUCUAAACACUCAGAGUUGUUCUCAGUAAAAAUCCUUCGCUAAUUCUGUGGGGAUCGGCUAAAACCUCUUGGUUCUGGGGAGCUUACAGCAUACGCGGAAUAUUGAGAGCGUUUAAUUUAUCAGCGGAGCAGCGGAGAGGGUAAUUGAAAAUCGACGGCCAGUAUACGUGCCUUACAAAAGGAGGUCGUGCCUGUGUGUCUGUUUGCUGUAUGGGGAUGCGCGUGCAAUGGUCGCACCGUACCACCGAGUUCAUCCACGCAGAUUGCUAUCGGGGGCAAGGGCGCCCUCUCCUCUGCGGUGACCAAAGUGGUGCCUCCCGCGAACCAAUGGGAUUGGAGAAGCACACAGAGCUGCGUGUUGUAUUCGCUAGCACGCGGGAUCCUGUUACUGCCGGGAGGAAUUCUAAUACAGUCGCGUGCGCGGUGAGUCACCGACGCUAGCUGGAAAAUAAUUUUUCCUUUGAAAGCCGUAGUUUGGCUCGGCAUACAUCAUUACCUUGAUAAUUUCUCUCAACCGACGGCGCAUCGUUUCUCUCUGGUUAAUUGGCGGGCUACUGAUAUACGAUUGUAUGAACAGACUGUUGUCAUCAAAAUUUCUGUAUUCAUUCUGGCUAGAAGGGGAGAGCCAUUGUCUUUUCAAGAUUAAAUUUGGUUUAAAAGUUGGACCAUCGCCGCCUACGUGUCUACCAAACUCCUUUGGCUUUGUGUACUUUUUGGACCAGUUUCGUCCUUAAUUCCAAUUUUGGGCAUCUACCCACGCCUUGUUGUGACCUGUCGGCUGUUGUUUAUCAUCAGACACUUCAUCCGAGCGGUCUUGGUGAGGCAUCUCCGUGUCGGAAUCACAUUCUCAUCACCUAGACCCUGUCGUUCCUCCGGCCAGAAGAGCCCGGCGUGGUGUUAAUCUACACCAGUGGACGCCGUCUUGAUUUCAGGUCGUUCUUGGAUUAAUUCCAGAUCGUUGCCGGGUCUGUGUGCUCUGCAUACGUGAUAAACUCUUAUUAGGGCUAUCGCAGAAACGGAACAGUCAACCGAGUUGUAGCCAGUGAGACUCUGAAGUCAUUUCUUGUCCAGACGCUGUCCCCCUUCGUGGAGGGGAACGCCAAUGCCAGCCAACGCCAUGGCGAUGGCGUCCAAGGCUUCCACCCCGGACUCGGAGGUCUCAGCCCCCCCACAGGAGAACUGUUACCGCCUGGUGGUAGUCGGCUCGCCCAAGGUGGGCAAGACGGCCAUCGUCAGCCGAUUCCUAAACGGCAAGUUUGAGGACCAGUACACGCCCACCAUCGAGGACUUCCAUAGGAAAAUCUACAAAAUCAAAGGGCACGUGUACCAACUGGACAUUCUGGACACUUCCGGGAACAAUCCAUUUCCAGCGAUCAAGAAGUUGUCCAUUUUAACAGGAGAUGUUUUCAUCCUCGUUUUCAGCAUCGACAACAAGGACUCAUUCGGCGAGGUACAGCGCCUGCGCAAACAAAUCCUGGAGACCAAGUGCGGCAACGGCGCCAAGUCCGUUCCCAUGGUGAUCGCGGGCAACAAGUGCGAUCGGGAGAGCAGCCGGCAAGUGAACGCUGAGGACGCCCGUCGGGCCUUCGAGUCCUCCAAGAAGUGCACCUUCGUAGAGACUUCGGCCAAGAGGUGCCAUAACAUCGACGUGUUGUUCAAGGCGCUGUUUGAGAACGCCAAGAUGCCGAGCGAGAUGAGUCCGUCCCUGCACCGUAAGAUCAGCGCCAGCAGCAGCCCGGCCCUCAAGCCCAGCAGCAACGGCAAGCUGGCCCUGCGGAGGCGCCUCAGCGAGGCCUGCGGUAUGGUGUCACCUAACGCCAGGCGACCCAGCGUCCGGAGUGACCUGCUCCAGUUGCGCUCCAAGGUACAUCGUAACAGUCAGGAUGAAGACGACGAUGACGACGACGAUGACAGGAGCAGUAUCCAAAAGAAACUACGCAAGAUCGCCUGCUGUAUACAGUGAUAACGAAUGGACAUUUUGAGAUCACGCGUCUGAACUGAACUAUCAGAGAAGUGAACAUGUUUUGUACUAUAAGAAAAAAACCUGCUUUGUAAACUUGACACGUUUUAUUCAUUUUAACCAAAGCCUUAUUGUUGUCCAUUGAAUGACCGUUUGAGAAGUUAGGAAAACGAAAGUGACGCUUGACGAUUGAAGACACCUUUUUAAGACGUGACAUUGACACCAUCGGGCGACGUGGCUUACCAGUAUACACCAAUAGUUUUUCAAGCACUCUGUUACACUGAGUUCCGAUGUCAUAUGAAAAUCCGAUUCCUAUGAAAAUCGGACCCCUUUUCCCUAUUAUUGGUUAAUCCCUCGCACGUGACAGGUCACUCUUCCGUAUGUGAUCCUAAAAAUAGCAUAUUCCCGUAGUUACGCAUGCCCAAUACUACCAAUGAGUCCACAUUUCAUGGAGUCGGAUAUUCACGCUACACCGGCUCAGAUUUGACUUCUUUUCAGUGUCAGAUGACACUUUUACGGAUCAAAAUGACACCUCUCUGGGUCCAAAUCUGCCUGGUCAUGUGUAUCAGGAUCAUCUCGGUAAAAGUGUCAUUUUGACCCAGAAAAGUGUCAAAAUGACACUUUUGACCCAGAAAAGGGUCAAAAUGACACUUUUGACUAAGAAAGUGUCCAAAUGACACUUUUGAUUAACAAAAGUGUCAAAAUGACACUUUUGACCCUUAAAAAUGUCAGGUCAAAUCCGACCUGGAUUCCGGGUGAAAUCUGACUGUAAAUGAUGAAGGUUCAGACUAACUCAAGUUACCAUUAAGCAGAGGAAACAAGUAUAGAGUUUUUGUGAGGGUUCAAGCUGAACUUUGUAGAACGGAUUCAG